AUGUCCCUUGAAUCAUUUCGGAUGCACUCAACUGGCAAAGCAACCAAGCCAUUCUCGGCGGGGUGGGAUCAGCGCCGCGAGCUGAAGGUGGUACAACACCGCAAUGCAAGCGAAUACGCCCUCGACCACGAUGUAAAAUUAGAACGCACAAACGUUAAUCCCCCUUUGAAUGGUUUGAAUGGUUUUGCAGCAGCGCCGCCCCAAGGCCCAGGAUAUACGCCACUUAUAAUCGCCUCUGGAAAGGCACCUUCGAAGAUGGCCUCUCGGACCACGUUGGGUGAGGACCAACACACCAUUCCGCUGUUUUACGCUUGUUAUUUACUUCGGUCUGUCAAAUCCAAAUCUUCGCGUUCUACCUAUGUUGGGAGCACCCCAGACCCCCCGCGUCGAAUUCGGCAGCAUAACGGGGAGCUAACACAGGGCGCCUACAAAACUCGACGAGGUCGCCCAUGGGUCAUGACUAUGAUAGUGUAUGGUUUCCCUUCCAAACUUGCUGCUCUCCAGUUUGAAUGGGCAUGGCAGCAUCCAUACCGGUCCAGGCAUCUCCGUGUCCCUGAAACAACUCGAGGUGAGAACAAUUACUCUCAGAUCUUCAAACAGGACAGCCAAGCGAAUUUUCUGAGAACCAAAAUAUUUGUUGCACACACAAUGCUGAGCGUUGCUCCUUACAGUACAUGGCCACUGCAUGUCAAGAUCUUUACUGACGAGGCCAAAAAUAUAUGGGACGAGAUUUGCAGGGUAGACACGAACGGGCCGCUCCCCGAAGGAUCGACGGUUUCGGUCGAACUCGAAGGUGUAGACGGGAGAGCGUAUGUUCCCGUCUCUCGACGUACCCAGAUGCGUACAGGUCCAAUCGACGUUAAAGAUACCAAGUUCAAUUCAUCGCACAUCCAUAAGUACCAGUCACUUGUGAACCAACAGACUCAGCUGUCGUGUUGUAUAUGUAGCUCAGAAAUCGACGUCAAGCGCGUGGAUCAUCUACGUAUAGCACUUUGCCCCGGAGGAGACUGUACCGCAAUUUCACAUUUAGACUGCCUGGCUCGGUCGUUCAUCAAACACCCAUCCAACCCUCCGGGGUUGAUUCCUCGAGGCGGUAUCUGCAAAGCCUGCGAGCAAUAUACACUAUGGGGUGAUGUCGUUCGGGGAUGUUACCGUCGGGCUCGUGGUGGUCUGCAACAACCUGACUUGGGACAAGACCCAGAAGACAACGAUCAAGAAGCAAGUGCUCAGGCAGUUGAUGACCUCUCUCGCCAUAUAAAUGCUCUGCAAAUUAGUGGAUCUCCUCGAAAGGCACGCACUGUCAAAUCAACAGCCCCGAAAAGUUGCGCCAAGUCUACUUCUCGAGCGACUAGGCGUAAUGUCCAGAAGGCUAGGGUGAUUGAUUCCGACGUCGAGGAUUUUGGGGCCGAAAUGGAUGCAGUGGAUUGCGACACAGAGGAUUCGGAACCCGCUCACCCAUCACGAAGGCAAAAUGCAUCGGUUGCGAGCUAUCAGCGUGCCUCUAAACCCACAAAGGCCAAAAAUAUUCUAGGGUCUUGCGACAAGACACGGAGUAUUGAUGAAGUCGUUCGUCGGGCUUUGGAUAAAAUGCCGAUUUCCGGUCUUGGUGAAUCGAUGCAAGCGCGCUCAACCCUAAGUAUGACUCCAAGUCGCCAGAAAUCCACCAAAUCGAGGAACGGGAUCGGGCCCGGUGCUCAAGGACAAAUAGCGAUAACUGUCGACGAGGAGAACGGUAACUUUGGAACACCGCGCGACGCCUCUAGACCAAAGAGGACGCCAUCUCCAGAGUAUAUCGAUCUCGAAGGUAUCUAG